CACACAGAGUCGGCUAAAUCAAACAUCCAUGGCUACCAAAAUGUCAUCGUGAUGCGUCAUGGUGAUCGACUCGACAAUUUCGAGCCACUUUGGACUUCAACAGCUGCGAGACCGUGGGAUCCACCGCUUGCUCAGGACGGUAAGGAUCGGGCCUUUAGAAAUGGUCAGAGAAUCCGGUCUCAGCUUGGGUUUCCGAUUCACCGUGUAUUCGUCUCCCCUUUCCUCCGCUGCAUCCAGACCGCUUCUGAAGUCGUUGCCGCUCUCUCAGCCGUCGAUUUUGAUCCUAAUGCUGUGUCGUCUAGAGACGUCCUUUCCAUCGACAAUACUAAGAUCAAGGUAGCUAUUGAAUUUGGAUUGUCAGAGAUACCGAACCCAAUCUUUAUUAAGAGUGAAGUUGCUCCCAAAGAUGGAAAAUUUGAUUUCAAGAUUUCAGAUCUUGAAGCUAUGUUUCCUGAAGGAACAGUGGAUUCUAAUGUGGAUAUGAUUUAUAAAGAGGUGCCAGAAUGGGGAGAAUCUGCACAAGCCUUCGAGGAUCGAUAUUAUAAGACAGUGAAGAGUCUUGCGGAGAAGUAUCCUUCUGAGAACUUGCUCUUCGUCACUCAUUGGGGAGCAGUAAGUGUUGCAUUUUACAACUACUUCAAAGACGCAACUAAGUACGUGGUAGAUUAUUGUGGUAGUGUUGAAAUGAGAAGGCAGAUUUUGAAUGGUGAUGGGUUUGGUAAAUUUGAGGUGGUUACUAGUCAUGGAGUAUCUUAUAAGUACACCAAAAUCCCAGUCCAUGAUCAUGUACUUGUAAGCCAAUCUCCGGUUGAAACGGUCAGAGUACCAGCAGCAACCAUCAGAGCAACAAUGGAGAAUGCUAAAUCAAAUCCUGAUGGAAACCAAAAUAUCUUGAUGAUGCGUCACGGUGAUCGCAUUGACCAAAUCGAUCCUCUCUGGCUCGAUACAGCUGCGAGACCUUGGGAUCCUCCUCUCGUUCAAGACGGUAUGGUUCGGGCGUUUCGAACUGGUCAACGGAUUCGAUCUCAGAUCCAAUUUCCGAUUCACCGUGUCUUCGUCUCCCCUUUUAUUCGAUGUAUCCAGACUGCUUCCGAAGUCAUCGCUGCUCUCUCCGCCGUCGAUUUCGAUCCUAACGCUACGUCGUCUAAAGACGUCACUUCCAUCGAUAAAUCUAAGCUCAAGGUUUCUAUUGAAUUUGGCUUGAGUGAGAUGCUGAAUUCAAUCUCUAUCAAGCCUGAGAUAGCUCCCAAAGGUGGGAAAUUUGAUUUCAUGAUUUCAGAUCUUGAAGCUAUGUUUCCUGAUGGAAUGGUUGAUCAUAAUGUGGAUCCUGUUUAUAAAGAGAUGCCACAAUGGGAAGAGACUGUGGAAGGUUGCACAGAUAGAUUUCUUAAUUUGAUUAAGACUCUUGCUGAUAAGUAUCCUUCAGAGAACUUGCUCUUAGUCACUCACGGGGAAGGAGUAAGGACUACAUUUGCAACCUUUAAAGGCGUAGAUGUGUAUGACGUAGAGUAUUGUGCUUGUGCUGAACUGAGAAGACAGGUAUUGAGUCAAGAUGGGUCUACUAAAGCUGGAGACUUUGAGGUGAUUACAAGUCUUGGUCAAUGUGGAAUCAAGUACCAUUCGUUGAGCAGCCCAGACCAAACUCCUGUUUAAGUCAAUGUUCCGGAUGAUCAUGGUACUAGAAAACCGGAAUCAAAUCGGAUAUUGGAUAUCUAGAAACUCCUGGUUAACCGGACAUGAUCUUCCAUACAAAUGGGAACAUAUACAACAAGAACAAUAUUACUGUAUAGCCAAACCAAGAGAAAAAGAGGCUGAUGAGUCAUUUAACCUUCAUUUUUUUUUACUUAAGGAUUUGUGGAAACUUUUGAGUUGAUUCAUUGAAUAAGCCAAUAAAAGGUUAAGUUAAAA